GUACCCCGGCCCCGGCUGGCUCCCUCCCUUUCUAGCUCCCGCCGCGGCCGCGCGCUUGCAGUUUGGCAUUCACUCUGCCUGUGCCUCUGCCCCGGAGAGUGGGAAACGGAGGAGAUGGGCGGCAAGGUGAAGGCGAUGGCGCCGGUGGAGGAGGUGGACAUCGCCGCCGCGCGGUACGAGCCGCUGGUGCUGCGGGCGCCGCGCCUCACGGGGUUCCCGCUCAGGGCCUUCGUCUGGCUCCUCGAGUCCCCGCUCCUCGGCCCCAUCGUCACCUCCGUCCUCAAGAAGCACAACAACAUGACGCAGAUGCUGCAGCACACGGUGAUCCCCGACCGGCCCAUGUUCUUCCCGGAGUUCCCGCCGCAGGAGCCGGAGCAAGGAGUUGUGACCCUGGGGGAGGACAGGGACCCUGUGGAGAGAGUGGAGGAAGCACUGCAGUGCCUCACUCCAUACGACCCGUCUGGCCGUUUCACAUCGUCGGAUGAGAAAAACCCCUUUCUCUACUGGAAGAUCCGUGACUUUGCACACGCAUACCGGUCCGGGAUCACGACACCUUCAGCUGUUGCGGAGCAUGUCAUUGCGGGUGUGGAAGAGUGGAACAAUAAGAAGCCUCCGAUGCCAAUGCUGAUCUAUUUUGAUGCUCAUGACCUGAGGAAGCAAGCUGAUGCUUCCACAAAGAGAUUUGAGCAAGGAAGCCCGAUUUCCGUUUUGGAUGGGAUCUUUUUCGCCAUUAAGGAUGACAUUGACUGCUUCCCAUAUCCAUCAAAGAGUGGUACCACAUUUUUCGACAAAAUCCGCCCUGUGGAGAAAGACGCAGUCUUAGUUGCUCGUUUACGGAAAUGUGGAGUGAUUUUUAUUGGGAAAGCAAAUAUGCACGAGCUAGGCAUUGGGGUCACCGGAAACAACCCAAACUAUGGGACAGUAAGAAAUCCACAUUCAAUCAAUAGAUAUACUGGUGCUUCUUCAUCUGGUCCAGCUGCACUUGUCUCAUCAGGGUUAUGCUCAGCAGCGAUUGGAACAGACGCCGGAGGCUCAGUUCGAAUACCAUCCUCCCUAUGUGGCAUUAUUGGUUUGAAGACAACAUUCGGACGCACAAAUAUGACUGGGGUGCUUUGCGACUGUGGGACUGCUGAAGUCGCUUCACCUCUUACAGCAUCGGUGGAGGAUUCUGUGCUAGUGUAUUCUGCACUUGCUGGCUGUAGACCUAUGGAUAAGCUUACUCUGAGACCUUUGCCGCUGUGUGUUCCUAACUUGGUGUCCUCUGAGAACAACGAUAUCCUGCAAUCAGUGAAAGUGGGAAAAUAUACAGAGUGGUUUCAUGAUGUUUCUGAUAUUGAGAUCUCAAAUACAUGUGAGGAUGCACUUAGCCUCCUGCGCAACACCUUCGGAUGUCAGAUAGAAGAGAUAAUAUUACCAGAGCUUUUGGAGAUGCGUACUGCCCAUCUUGUCACUAUUGGCUCAGAAGGAUUCUGCCAGCUGAAUGCUCAUUACCAAGAAGGGAGGCGAACUGAAAUGACGUUAGAUACUCGAGGAAGUUUGGCACUUUUUGGGUCAUUCACUUCAGCAGAUUAUGUUGCUUCUCAACGUCUGAGGAGAAGGAUGAUGUACUAUCACAUGGAAGCUUUCAGGAAGGUUGACGUCAUAGCAACCCCUACAACCGGCAUUACUGCACCAAGAAUACCACCAAGUGCUCUGAAAGGAGAGUCUGAUUAUAUUGUAUCAGCUAAGUUGAUGCAAUUCAUUGUUGCGGGGAAUUUUCUUGGCUUUCCUGCCAUAACGGUUCCUGUUGGUCAUGACAAGCAAGGCCUUCCUAUCGGCUUGCAACUGAUAGGCCGUCCAUGGGGUGAGGCUAGCUUACUGAGGGUGGCUUCGGCAGUAGAGGAGCUCUGCCUGAAGAGAAGGAAUCGUCCGUCCACAUUCUACGACAUCCUAAAGGCCUGAAGCAUCAUCAGUAUGUAAUAUCAAUAGUACGUAAGAGGUUUGUCAUUUGUCAUUUGUGAGGACUCAGGAUAGACACGCCAAACCCUUGUCCAGGUUAUGUAAACCGAGAAAUUAAUUCUACCAUAGAUAUUGCAGCAACAAAUAAGUAAGUGAGGUAGUAUAUAAAAAAUUGUUUGGAUGCUUGGGACAUCUUUGCCGGUUUUCUUGUUCUUCUGGACUGUUGUGAUUCAUCUGUUCGUGAUGUUCUUGAUCUGGCUCUUCUUUCUGUCUAAAAAGCAGAGGCAGAGAUGUAACUGGGAUAUCCAUUACUGACAAAUGAUAAUCUCUGGUCUAAGUGAGAGCUAGUACGUUGUUGGAUUUUA